AAAUGCGCAUUCAUGUGUCACGCUUUUAACCUUGCGGUUGAUUUUGAGUUUUCAGUGUUGUUUUCAGUCAAAAUAUAAACUUUUUUAUUAUUUUGCAUCGAUUUUACUCAGUAGUGGUUUGUUUUUGUGUUUACUUUGUAUAAACUAACGUUUGAGGAUACAAAAUGGGUAUGAUAUCAAGAGUACGCGGACGAAUAAGAAGUGAUUCUUUCUCGAAAAUUCAGAUAAAAUCAGAAGAUAAAAUUGCGAAUACAGUAUGGCUGCUCUCGUUGGUUCUGCUGCUGCCGUACUGGGCGCCACGCGGGCUGCUGGUGGCGGUCGGCGGCGCAUGGCUGAUGGCCGCCUACACCUGCCUGGUCGUGCCCGUGCUCAUCUCCGCCAACUACCACUACCCGGCGCGCUGGUACCCGGCGGUGGCCAAAUUGGCACAAGAAGCUGCACGCAAACUGCGCGUGCCGACAGCUUGCGUUUUGAGCGUCCUGAAGAGCGCGUACGCGCCUCUCGAUAGAGCAGAGCGACUCUUCCUACAAAUGAACAAUCUUUCCACAAUGAUCAGUCAGCUGCUGAUUUUUACGGCGUGCGACAGAGUAAUGGUUUACCAGGGGCGCCUGACGUCCCUGUACUCCCUCAUGUUCUACAACGUGAUCACGUACUCGGUGAACUACGUCCGGGAGAUCUGCACGAAGGAGGACUGGUCCCCGUACGUCAACGUCACCCGCCACUCCCGGGUGAAGCACCUCGCCAUGUCCGCGACCAAGAUCGUCCUCGAGUGGACUAAGGCGGUCACGUUCAUAGUGACGAUGACCUUCAUCCUGCUGACGCUCGGCCUCGAGCAGGGGCUGGAGCACUUCAAGCCGACAGCGCUGUACGUCGUCACGACGGCCACCUACUACCUGGUGUCCGAGAAGACGUUCCUCGAGCUGUGGCCGGCGGUGGUGGGUGCGCUCCGGCUGGAGAGCCUGGAGGGCAUGGAGGCGCUGUACUGCGGCGUGGCGGCGCGCGGCGCGGCGGCGGCCAUCGCGACGCCGCUGGUGCCGGCGCUGGCGUGGGGCGGGCGCUGGCGGCUGGCGUUCCUCGUGUUGUACAUAUGCGUGGCGGUGCACGGCCGGCACCGGCUGGGCGAGGCGCUGGGCCGGCUGCGGGAGGCGCGCGGCUCGCUGGCGCGGUUCCGGCGGGCGACGGCGGACGAGCUGGCAGGGCUGGAGGACGUGUGCGCGGUGUGCCUGGGCCCGAUGAAGGCGGCGCGCGUCACGCCGUGCUCGCACUUCUUCCACGCGGACUGCCUCAGGAAGUGUCUCUCGGCCUCCGACCGGUGCCCCAUCUGCGUUAGAGAGUACGUGUUCUGUUGAGGAGUGUCGUUUGUGAAACAUUUGACGAGCGGCGCCGGGAUGUUUUGAUUUCGUAAUAUUAUUUACUAUUAUUGCGACUGAAUUAAUUUAAUUGGACGAUCGUGUUGUUUGUUUACGUGAAGUACCAAACGUGGUGUACUUUUAUAAUAUUUCAAAUAAAGCCGACGAUAUGUAAAAUGACGAGUUUUAACGCAUAUACA